AUGGCUUUUUAUCUACCUGGUGUAGCACCCCGUGAUUACAGAGAAGGAGAUCCUGUUGAACUAGUAGUAAAUUCUUUAACACCAAUUAUUGGACCUAAUACACAGCAGCUAAAAUCUGUUAUACCAUACGAUUAUUAUCAUGAACAAUUACAUUUCUGUCAACCGGAGAAGAAGGAAGGACAAUCUGAAUCGUUAGGAAGUAUUUUAUUUGGGGAUCGUAUCUUUAACUCACCUUAUCAGCUUCGUAUGUUGCAAGAAGAACAUUGUAAAGUUUUAUGUCAAGUAGAAGUUCCUCCCAAAGACGCCAAGUUCAUCAAUGAUAGAAUUCGUGAGAAUUACGCGAUAAAUUGGCUUAUCGAUUCAUUACCAGCUGCUAGAUCGAAAACAGAUCCUCGAUCGGGCGAACAAUUUUAUAGUAUCGGCUUCGAAUUGGGCGAUCAACAGAACCAGCAAAAUCAUCAGACUAGACCGCAAUUAUAUAAUCAUUAUUCAAUAAAAAUCGAGUAUCAUACUCAAGACAAUAUUCAUUAUAGAGUUGUGGGUGUAUUGGUUACGCCAAAAAGUAAAAAAACAUCACUUAAUGAUAAAAAUGAAACAAAUUGCGAAACUAAAGAACAGUUAACAUUGAACGAGGAUACAGUAAAUACUGUAGUUUAUACUUAUGAUGUGGAAUGGACACCAACAGAUAAAGCUUGGGCAACGCGUUGGGAUAGUUAUUUGCACGUGUUUGAUCCAAAAAUCCACUGGUUUAGUUUAGUGAAUUCGAUAGUAAUUGUAUUGUUUUUAACUGGUAUGGUCGCAAUGAUAUUGCUUCGUGCCCUGCAUAAAGAUAUCUCUCGAUAUAAUCAAAUCGAUGAUAAGGAAGAUGUGCAAGAAGAUUUUGGUUGGAAGUUAGUCCAUGGUGAUGUAUUCCGACCACCUGCUAAUACCAUGCUAUUAGCUGUUUUAUUGGGUAGUGGUGCACAAUUAUUUUUUAUGACUGCCGUGACUUUGGUGUUUGCUGUUCUUGGUUUUCUAUCGCCAUCAAAUCGUGGAUCUCUUGCAACUGUCAUGAUAAUACUAUAUAUGCUAUUUGGAAGUGUAUCAGGCUAUGUAUCAGCUCGUGUUUACAAAAUGUUUGGCGGAGAGUCGUGGAUUAAAAAUGUCUUCUUGACUGCUUUCCUAUUUCCUUUACUUAUUUUCUCAAUUUUCGUGUUUUUAAACUUUUUCCUCGUUUCCGUGAAGUCUUCUGGUGCUGUACCAGCUCCUACUUUAUUUAUCAUAAUAGCGUUAUGGUUUUUAAUAUCGAGAGUAGAACAUCCGGUUCGAACCAACCAAAUACCACGACAAAUUCCUGACCAAGUAUUUUAUUUGCGCCCUAUCCCAUCAAUGUUGAUGGGCGGUGUUCUCCCAUUUGGUGCAAUCUUUAUUGAACUUUAUUUUAUCAUGAAUAGUAUUUGGGGCAGUAAAGUGUAUUACCUGUUUGGAUUUUCGUCGUUAGUGUUUGUUGUUUUGACUAUUACUUGCUCGGAAGUCACUAUCCUCUUGUGUUAUUUCCAUUUAUGCGCUGAGGAUUAUCAUUGGUCGUGGCGAGCAUUUUUGACAUCUGGCGCUUCGGGAAUAUACAUAUUCCUUUACUCAAUAAUGUAUUUCAUUACAAAAUUACACAUUACAUCAUUCACGAGUGCAGUCAUAUACUUUGGAUGGACAUUUGUCAUGAGUUUAAUGUUUUUCGUUUUGACAGAAAUGUCGGCUGCCUCUCCUCCUAUUACUCCUUUUUCUACUAACACGACAGCAACCACCCCGCUUUCCAGCAUUGAGUCUGCUGGAGCCCCGCUUUCCAGCACUGAGUCUACUGGAGCCCCGCCUCAACAUAAAGCGAAUAUUUCGCACCGACGUGAACCAUCGGUAAAACACGAGGUUAAAACAAGUUUGAAUGCUAGCGUCACCGAAACCCAAGAUGGCGAACGUUGCUUAAACAACUACAUUUUAAAAGAAAUUAUUGGACAUGGCGCGUAUGGAACUGUUAAUUUGGCUGUUGACAAAGUUACCGGAACUAAAUAUGUAUGGGUUCUUAGUCAUUUCGUUUUUUGGGCAAUUAAAGAAUUCAGUAAAUCACGACUUCGAAAAAAAGAUAAAUCCAAUACAUAUCGUCGUUCACGAGGAGGCUGGCGAGGCCGACGCGGUGCACCUAUGCCUCCACCUCCGUCCGGGGAUAAUGAUACCUCUAAUCCUCUAUAUCUGAUUAGAGUCGAAGUUGCUAUUUUGAAAAAACUGAAUCAUCCAAACGUGGUAAAAUUGUAUGAAGUCAUGGAUGAUCCUGAUAAUGAUUCUCUCUAUAUGGUUUUUGAAAUGUGCGAAAAAGGUGUUUUGAUGGAUAUUAAUGUCCAUAAGAAGUCAACACCUUUCCCAGAAGACAAAGUACGAAAAUAUUUUCGAGAUAUGAUUCUUGGGUUUGAGUAUUUACAUGAAAAUGAUAUAGUUCAUCGAGACAUAAAGCCCGACAAUCUUUUACUCUCAAAAGAUGACGUGCUUAAAAUUGUAGAUUUUGGAGUAUCAGAAAUAUUUGUCAAAGGAAAUGACAAAACUAAGAAAUCAGCUGGUAGCCCUGCGUUUAUGGCACCCGAAUUAUGUCAAGCUCAACACGGAGAGGUCUCUGGAAAAGCCACAGAUUUAUGGUCAAUGGGCGUAACCUUAUAUUGCAUGACUUUUGGAUAUUUACCAUUUGAAAAAGAUAAUUUACUUGAUUUAUAUGAAUCGAUAAAUAAUGAUACUCCAAAGAUUUCCCCGGAGACAGAUGCAGAUUUAGCAGACUUAUUAACAAGGAUAUUGGACAAAAACCCAGAUAACCGAAUUACCAUGACGGAACUUAGGGAGCAUCCAUGGAUCACGGAACAUGGCAAAGUUCCGAUGAUAUCAACCGAAGAAAAUUGUACAGAUCUCGUAACAGAAAUCACAGAACAAGAAUACAAUUCGGCGAUUAAGCGCAUUGGUUCCAUUUUUUAUGUGAUGGAUGCUGUACGCCGAUUCAAACGCGCUUCUCGUCAUCAUGCCACACCUUCAGAUGUAGCUGCAUUAAAAACGUUAGGUUUAACUGAAGACCAGCGGCAUGAACAAAACGACAAAGUUGAAGCUACAGUUGUACCCGACAAAGAGGAAAUCACAGUUGUAUCCAGCAAUGCAAAUAAUCAAGAUUUGGAGGCACUAGCCAAUCGGUUUUCCAGAACUUCAGUUAGCACCUCAAGUCCUACAAAUUCUACCUCAAGUACUUCCUCCCAUGUCACUUCGCGCCAAUCAAUAAAAGCAGAUGAAAGUGCAAGAAAAUGUUGA